GACCAGACAAUUAUGAGAAGAGAUCCCAUUUUUAGGAUUUCUCCACAAAGAAAAAGAACCCAUCAGAAUCCUGAAGAGCUCAGCCAAGCAGAUGACAGAGACGUCCUAGAUGAAAGGACAAGAGUUGAGAGUGCACUGGCUUCUGUCAAUGAAGGAGAGAAACCAGUUCUCAUUGUCCAUAACUUGCGCAAGGAAUACAAACAUGGGAAGGCUUGCUCCUCUCCUUGUUUCAAGAAGAAGGAAGAAAAAAAAGUGGCUACCAGAAACGUCUCCUUUUGUGUUAAAAAAGGUUUGAUUGGAAUGAAUUAUAUUCUUAACUCAGUCUCUAUUGUAAAUCUACUCUAGUCAUUGAUCAGCAAAAAUUAAGUAAGAGCAGCAUUGUGGGGUUUGAAACACUAAGGCCAAAUUAGGGAUAAUAAUGCUCAGAAUAUCACCAAGCAAAUGAUCUGUAAAGGUAGAUUAAAUGUGACAUAUUUCCCAUCAAAUUCUAUUAUUGAA